AUGGAAGCUCGCUUUGAGGCCCCUGUUCCUGUGGACCUCCCGCCGCUCCGAUUCUACUGUCCGCAACUCGACCCAAAGGAGGCCUUCCUCCUUGGUUGUAUCGGCGAGAAGCUCCAGAGAAACUCCAAGACCUGCUACUUUAUCGGCAAAACGCCUGUCAUCCAAACGCUCCAGCCUAUGGCGCCGCUCAAGGCUCUCACCGGCAAAAGCGCCCUCGAGCACCUGAACGAUCCUCGAUUCUCCAAUGUCGUCAUCACGCUGCAAGACGACUCUGUCUAUCUGGCCCACAGUGCAUAUCUGGAACGCAGCCCCUUCUUCCGGACGUACUUUCGCCGGUACAAAGAGCCCUUCCAGACAAUAUCGCUCUCCCCUCCGGCUCCCCUCGGAUUUGCAGAUAUCUUGCGCCAGAUCUACAUGAACGGGCCCUCGAUCGCCGACAUCUACUCCGAGCUCCCCAACUUCAAGGUGAUCCUUGGCUCUAACCACUGGGUCGACACCCUGAGGAACUCGGAGUACUUUCGCAUGAACAAGCUCAUGGAAGCGUGCUACUCCAGACCCGAGUUCAACCACACCAUCGUCUCGGUGAACCACAUUAUUGUGUUGCUGGAGCGCACCCGGCAGCGGCUGUGUGCCCGCGACCAGUUCGAGAUCCUGUCCCGCUGGGCCCGGAACUGGGACCAAGCCAAGCCCGUCACCAUCCUGCAGCAGAUCACCGAGUCCAUCCUGGCCAACGCCUCCCCCGAGGACGAGUCGAUCUCGAUCGUCUUCCUGAAUCAGCUCUGUGCCAAGAACUUGGCCGACUUCAACUCGCUUGUUUCGCAGCUCACGGUGCUCCGGGUUGCCGACAUGGACCUGCGGCUGAUUGAGUGCAAGAACUGCAAGAUCCCGCUGCCGCUAAGCGUCUUCAAAUCCAGAAUCAAGUCUUGUAUCGGUUUUGAUCCGCUCACGGCCACCGGAGGUGACUUUGUCAGGCUCGCAGGCCGCAUGGUUCCUCACGAGCGCCCCGUCGUCGAGCCCAAGCCCUCGAUGCUUCCUGAACUGUGCCGUCUCGAGACAUUGAAAUCGGCCUUGUCUAGAAAGAGUGUUACCGGCGCGGAUGCUCAACCGCCGGUCGGGACUCGUGAACGCAAGACGAAUCCUAGUCCGGGAUCAGACGGUAUGAAACCCACGGCCACCGACUUUCGGCGCUCUCUGUCAUUCCAGAGCCGCCAAACAACUGCCGAGUCCGACAGCACCGCCGCUUCGAAUCUCAAAGACCGAUACCGAGCCAGCGUCCCAACCAGGCCGCCAAUGAUAGCAUCACGCAAUCCAUCCGACUCCCAUGGAUCGCAGACACGAUCGUCCCCGAGCCCCUUGCGGUCACCGCCGAGACCGGCUCGCGAAGUGCCGGAGGAGCCCACCAACCCAACCCCGUUGUCGUUUGAUGUCAGUGGAAAUACCGCCCUCGAGUCUAUUGAGGACAGUGUGGGGUUGAACAUCAUCGAGCUCGAGAUGUCGACACCCAAACUACCGACUCCGCGGGUACUCUCACCCUUUCCCGAUUUUGGGAAUGCAAACAGCAAGACCCCACUCAGCGCUCCGCCAGCACGAAUCGUAGCAACCGCUGGAAACGAUGCGGCAUCAAGCGUCGCUCGAUUUGAGGCAUGGUCGGCUAUAGCGGUGCCGGAGCAAAGCUCGACAGUCGCCGAAAACUACGCGGCACCGAUUGAAAGCAAAGAGCAGCCGGCUCCAAGCAAACCCGAGCCUACCCUCCUGAGAAGGCAAUCCAUAAAAGCACCUGAAAUCUCAUCAAUCCCAUCGCCUGCGCCAACGAUAGCACCACAGCCCACCUCGGCGGUACCAGCGCGACCCAAACUUACUGGUACGCAAAUGACAAAGCCAAGCGCUAGCCCCGCUGCAGGGGCUAAAUCGGCUGUGCUUGGACCUCAUUCUUCGGCUUCGAGGGAUACGACGAAGACAAGCAAAGCCGCGACUGGUCCUUCCGCUAUCUUUGCGGCAUCGACCGGUCAGAGCACGUCGAGAACGACUACAGUCACCGCACAGACCGCUGUGAAGGCCGAAAGUGGUGUGCGCCCCUUCCAGCGAUCAAGCAGCUUUGGCGAAGCAGUCACCGUCCCCACACGAUCUGUGGCGGCUGCAGUCGCCUCUUUCUCCAGAGCAGUAGCGGAGGGCACCUCUGUGCUGGAGAUACCCGACAAUACCUCGGCGAAUACUGCCCCGCCAGCCAGCCCCAAGGGCGGGGUACUCCCUCCCCGACCCACCCAACUCUCCAGCAACAAGGCGAAGACGGAAGGAAACCGUUCGGAAAAUGGCAAUACGGCGAAACUAGUUGAUGCCGGGGGCCCGCAGCCAGCUGCUUCAUCAACCAAGACCGCCACAGCUGCGCCAGCAAAGGUCACUGUCAAGAGGAGCAACAGCACCUCCCCUGUGCCAAAACACACUUCGACACUCCAGUCGUCCAGGUCCUUCGACUCAAAGGCGGCCAAGCCAGUCGAGACAGAGAGUUCCAAGCCAGCUGACACCGGAGAAGCCAAGCUCAUCGACGGCAAGGUCGCCAAAACAGCCAUCCCAGCCAAUCUCACGAGCGAGCUCUUACAGGCACUUGCGCCACCGGCCAUGACAGGCUCGAAACAGGCUUCCUCCAACACCUCAAGCAGUCCCUCGUCCAUCUCUAGUCUGGUUCCUCCGGCGUACUUUGACCUCCUCGACAACGAUCAUCCGCUUGAUCUCAACACUGACGCCACGGUCCGAUCUGAACGAGCUUCGCCAAAGCCCGCUCGGAAGAGCGAGAGCUCGCGCAAAAAAUCCAUCAGCUCCAGGCCCGAUUUGCCAUCGCUGCCAUCCAGCCAGGAAGUGGGCGAGACCGGGAAAGUUCCCAAGGGAAGGAGCUCCAUCCCCACUCUGGCAGCCCUGGCAAAGCGCACUGGGUCGCCCAAUGUGUGA